UUGAACGAGAAUUACUGCACAAAGCCACGUGCGUGGGUGGAUUCUCUUUUGCUGGAGACGCGUACCACUGCCAAUCGGACGAGACUGGUGAUGUACGCAGCUUUUAGUGUUUUGCCUGUUGAAUGGUGAUGAUCAAAAGCCACGCACCAUUGCCCGGCCAGCUGUUCAUCAAACGCUUACGCCGAAGUAUCUAAGCGCUAUCAUUUAGGAAGUGCUUUAUUUUGGAUACUUGCACAACUGUCGGCCAUCGGGGAAUUUACAGUUAAAGUAAAUCAAUUUGUCGUUGUGAACCGUUAAUACAAAGCUUUUGUUGCCAAGGAACCCAGUAACUUUGAAGAUGACCGCUUUGGAUAUGCUGCACCUGGUGCUCUCCGUGGUCCUGGUACUACAGAGUUCAUUACCAUGUCCAGUAAAACAGGCCGGAUUGACCCGAGAACUUAUUAAUGGACACUUGGACGAAGCAAUCCGCAGCGCAAAGAAUGAUAUUGUCCAUUUGAAACAAUCUUCAAUCAGUGAUCCAGUGGAGAUUCGGCCAGCAGAUAGCAUUAUUAGGGCACCGGAGGGAAGAACAGCGAGAAUACAUUGCAAAGGCGGUAAGCCGGUGCCGGCGGGACAAGAGGAAAGACCGCAGCUCUGGUUAAAUGGAAGACGAUUGUUCGUCUCGAAAUCAGAGAGCAGGUCGUUCGAGAUGCACCGAUGCAGCUGCCUCGUUGAGUCGGCAGCUGCGCGAAUUCAUAGCAAUUAUAGCCUUAUCGAAAGUAACCCAGUUACGGGAGAACUGAUUACUGAUUUACGGGAGUUUUCCCAUGCCCAUGCCGGGAAAUACGAAUGUGUACAGUACAACGGCAGCGACUUUCUGACCACCCAAACAUUUUUCGUCAGUCCGACGAUCACGGCGUCUCAAAUUUUUAGGCCACCGAUGCCCAACGUGACUGUCAGAGUGGGUGGCACCGCCCGUUUUCCAUGUUACGUAAAAUUUCUGGCCAUGCCGGGCGACUUCGGAGAUCGCUUUCUCUGGAGAAACGAUGAUCAUGUGAUUUAUGCCAAAGGGUUUAAGGAAUUUCAAACCGGGAGCUCUUCACUGGCCAACUUGAAUGCAGAUAUUCACAUCGCAACGGAUCGAAAGUGUCACUGCCACUCGACCUUGAAAAUCUCUCGCGUGGAGGCCAGACAUGCUGGGCGCUAUCAGUGCUGGUUUAGAGUUGAUGACGUCUUUCACGAAUGGGUAGUUCAAGAAGCCUAUCUAAUUGUGAAUAACUGACAUUUGUGCUGCGCGGCGGAAACGUUAUAAAAGGACUAGAAGGGUGUGAUUUGUUUCUGUAAUGAUAGCGUUUUUCCUGAGCUUAAGCUUUGAAGAGCAUGUUUGGUUUGUCACUCUGCCUUGUUACUGGUCUGUUAGUUGUCAUUUCGUGCUUCGUGUGUGGUGUUUACCUUUCAAAUGAAUCUAUAUUUACAGUUAACUGCCAUGGUAAUUGCUUGACUCAUGGAUAUCGGAAAUCUACAGUAUACUGGCACUGCUGACAGCAGUUUUUAAC